AUGGGCUACAAGGCCGGUAUGACCACCAUCGUGCGUGAUUUGGACCGACCUGGUGCCAAGCUGCACAAGAAGGAGAUCGUCGAGGCCGUCACUGUCGUUGAGACCCCUCCCAUGAUGGUUGUCGGCAUCGUCGGCUACAUCGAGACCCCCCGUGGUCUCCGCUCCCUCACGACCGUCUGGGCCGAGCACCUAAGCGACGAGGUGAAGCGGCGCUUCUACAAGAACUGGUACAAGAGCAAGAAGAAGGCCUUCACCAAGUACGCGAAGAAGCACUCUGAGAACAGCGGCCAGUCCAUCACGCGCGAGCUCGAGCGCAUCAAGAAGUACUGCACCGUCGUCCGCGUGCUCGCCCACACCCAGAUCAGCAAGACGCCGCUCAAGCAGAAGAAGGCGCACCUCAUGGAGAUCCAGGUCAACGGGGGCAGCAUCGCUGACAAGGUCGACUUCGCGCACGGCCUAUUCGAGAAGCCGGUCGAGAUUGGCUCCAUCUUUGAGCAGGAUGAAAUGAUCGACUGCAUUGCUGUUACCAAGGGCCACGGUUACAACGGUGUGACGGCCAGGUGGGGCACCAAGAAGCUGCCGAGGAAGACGCACAAGGGUCUCAGGAAGGUCGCUUGUAUCGGCGCGUGGCAUCCUUCCCACGUCCAGUGGACUGUUGCUCGUGCCGGUCAGAUGGGCUAUCACCACCGUACCUCCGUCAACCACAAGGUGUACCGCGUUGGCCAGGGCGAGGAUGCUGGCAAUGCUUCCACUGAGUUCGACGUGUCGAAGAAGACGAUUACCCCCAUGGGCGGUUUCGUCCGCUACGGCGAGGUCAAGAACGACUUCCUCCUGCUCAAGGGCGCCGUGCCGGGCGUCAAGAAGCGGGUUAUCACCCUCCGCAAGUCAAUGUUCACACACACCAGCCGAAGAUCGCUCGAGAAGGUGGAACUCAAGUGGAUCGACACAUCCUCCAAGUUCGGCCACGGUGCUUACCAGACGCCGGCGGAGAAGAGGCAGUACUUGGGCACGCUCAAGAAGGAUCUCCAGGCUGCUGCAUGA